ACAGACGAAAAAACUUUUUUUAUUUGUGAAAUUUGCAGUGAAAUGUUUAAUGAUAAAGCCGGUUUAGAGUCACAUCAUCAAGAUAAACAUGCUAUAAAGACAUUUAAAUGUGCUGUAUGUGUGACGUAUUUUGAAAAACAUGAACAUCUUCUGGAGCACAUGCAAAACCACGUGGCAGUGUUCCUUUUCAAAUGUCAAAAUUGUGGCAAAACGUUCUCUAAUAUAACUGAUCUCAGAUUACACAUGGAGGAUCACGUGGAUCAGUAUCCUUGUCUGAAAUGUAACGAAAGUUUUGCCUUCGAAGAAAAUUUGCAUUUACAUCUGAAAACACAUUCUGAGGGUGAAACUAGUCCAAAUUCCGAUAAAAAAUCGAUGAUGCAAUGCGACGAGUGUGGUAUUUUUAUUCUUGAUCCACAGGAGUUUGCGCUACAUUUGGAGAUGCAUCAGGAUUUUAAAUGCGCUACUUGCGGCGAGGAAUUUUCGGACCCUCUUGAAUUUGACAAUCACGAGAGGACCCAUUUACUCUCUGCUUUAACCUGUUACACGUGCAAAGAACAAUUUCCUUCCAAGGAUUCACUGAAUCUUCAUCGUAAAAUUCGACAUGAGAAAAAAACAUUAAUGUGCGGUGUGUGCGGUGAUGUGUUAAGCAACGAUGAAUUGAAGAACCACAUGAAAACUCAUUUAAAAUCCCCAAAGACAGAGAAAUGUAACAUCUGCAAUGAAACAGUUCUAAAAUCUAGAUUUGAUGCUCACAUGGAAAUGCAUGAGAUAACGGAUUUUUACUACUGUGAUGUGUGCGAUGACGAAUUCGACGGCGAAGAGGAAUUUCAGAUUCAUCUGAGCUCGCACUUUAUUUGUAAGAUUUGUAAGAAACUCUUUAACUUUCAGUCUCAACUCGACCAACAUUUACUCUCACAUAAUCAAAAAUCCAAAAUAACCUGCAACUAUUGUCCCCGUAGAUUCCGGUUUGCCCUUGCUUACGAGAAUCAUUUAAAAGAUCAUCCUAAAAAAUGUCAAGAUUGUGGACAAAUAUUCCGUAGACUUGAUCAAUUACGUGCACAUGAACUGAGUGAUCACCCCCAAAAAAGGAAAACGGGUCCUCUCCCUCCCCAUUUUAUCCUUUAUUUAUGUAAUCUGUGUUCAAUGGAAUUUCAAACAGAACAUGAAUUGAUUGAACAUCAGAUAACUCAUACACUUCCAAAUGGUUCAAAUGGAAAAAGCCUUGCAACAUCUUCGCAGACGAAUAAUCCAGCAAAAUCUAAAAUUUCAGAGGGCCUGGAACUAGUCAAGAAGGGUCCUCGUCCGACUUAUUACAUUCUCUAUUUAUGUAAUCUGUGUUCAAUGGAAUUUGAAUCAGAAGGCGAAUUAACCGAGCAUAAGUUAACUCACACACU